AUGAAAGCCAUUGCCAGAUCGUACGUCUACUGGCCAUUCUUGGACAGCGAAAUUGCCGACUACGUCAAGUCAUGCCGACAUUGCGCCACCGCUGCGAAAUCUCCACCAAAGUGUGCCCCGGUACCGUGGCCAAGAUCCAGCAAGCCAUGGGAGCGCGUCCACAUAGAUUAUGCUGGACCCAUUAACGGAGAAUACUACCUCGUCGUCGUGGACUCGUACUCGAAAUGGCCAGAAAUUAUCCAAACUCGUAGUACGACUAGUGCAGCAACAAUUGGCAUCCUGAAGGACGUAUUCGCACGAUUUAGUGUGCCAGCUACGUUGGUCAGCGACAAUGGGCCACAAUUCACCAGUGCAGAAUUCCAAGGGUUCUGUGUGGAGAACGGCAUCGACCACCUUACUAUUGCACCGUUCCAUCCGCAAUCCAACGGGCAAGCUGAAAGCACCGGAUGGCAAAUCGCCAGCAGAAAUCAUGUUCGGUCGUCCAAUCAGAACGUGUUUGGAGUUGCUUCGUCCGCCGCCUGA